GCGCGCUUUUUCGAAGUUUCGAACUGUUUUUUCUUCGUUACGGUUUGCUCCACUGAAUUGGAACCAGCACCAUGGUGACAUGCAGCAAAGAAAAGGAGCUGUUUUUGGCAGCUUGCCAAGCAGACGAUUGUCAGUCCUUCCUGGAAUUUUUGGAAAAACAUAAAUCCAAGUCGGACGACUUUAACAUCAGUGACAUGCUGUUGAGUGUCUCUCGGAAGCAGCAUGAGAAGCUUUGGAGCGGACUCUUCGAUCUCUGCGCUAGGACACUGGCCAAACUCAAUCCAUCUGCUGACCCUAUCGAACAGUCAACGUUGGAUGUUGUCCUAAAAUGCCUUCAAGGAAUUGUGACCGUUGGAACAUGCUGCCUCGGCACAGAGAAACCUGUAAUUGUGGACAAGAUGCUUGAAACCAUGACAGUUCUACAUGGCGUUCUUCUCGACCUUCCUGAUUCAGCAAGCAAGCUGCAGCAUAACAUUGCAAAAUUGUGCCACACAUGGUGGAGUGCUGAUUUACCUGAGCGAGAGCUACUAGUGCCAAAUACGAUUAUGUACUUGCUGGUGAAAACACUUCAACCAAGUGGUAUGGUAUCGGAUGUGAAGCUGCUAUGCUCCAUGAGAGAAUCAUUCUCCCAACUCAACCUGGCUGAUGAGAGUAGUUCUUCACUAAAAGAGUUGCUGGAGCAAUGCAUCAUCAAUUCCACCUUCCUCAAGAAUGAUGAUGGGCGUAAAUUCUUGAGCUUCAUCUUCUGUCUGGACAGUGAUCUUGCGGAGCGUCUUCAUUCAGCCAUCAAGAACCAACUUCCAUCAUGCCCAAAGAGUAUGAUCAAUUAUUACGGAGAGGUGUACUUCAAGGCGUGGCGGAACUCUGCACCCCCUGUGACGGCCAAACUGGAGACGUACUGUAUUCAGGACUUGAUGCACUGUGCUGUACAUGCAAGGCGUGUAGGAACACGUAACCUCUCACUCACACUCAGACAGCUUUUGAGCUACUUCACCAAGCAGAAGAGACAGCAAGGGGUAGACCGCAUGCUGCUCACUCUGUAUCAACCUAUACUGUGGAGAGCUUUCAAGGUUGCUAAUGCAUCUGUACGAGCCAAUGCAGCAGCUCUUCUCAUCGAUGCUUUCCCUCUCCAGGAUCCUGAGGCCAAUAAGGAGGAGACCGAUGCACUCCUACAGAAACAGAUUGACAUUCUACAAGGUUUCCUGCAAGACCCAUGUCCAGUGUUGAGAGUGACCGGUGUCCAAGGAGUCUGUAGGAUCUUAGGAAUGUUCUGGGAACUGAUUCCGGCCCAUGUCUUGACCACCUUCCUAUCCAAACUGAUCCAGGACAUGGCCUUUGAUGCAAGCUCUAGUGAUGUCAGAGUUUCUGUGUUCAAGGGUUUGAUGUUUGUGAUUGACAACCCUCUGAGCCAUCCUCUGCUCAAGAACUUGCUUCCAUCUCUCAAGAGCUUCAUUCAUGACACCUCGGAGAAGGUCAUCCUUGCAUUUGUUGACCUCCUGUUAAAGGUCAAAGGUCUCAAGACAAUCAAGGUAUGGAGUAUUGUCCCAGUGGAAGACCUGUUGGCUAGACUGGAGAUGGAUUCGCCUCCCGUAUCUCGUAGGCUUGUCCAGCUGCUCUUCAAGUCCUUCCAGCCGACGGAUCGUGAUGCUAGCGUUCAGAUAGAACGUGUCAUGGCCCUUAUCUGCAUGAAUGGAGGGGCAGCAAGGGUUUUCUACCAGUAUGCUCAUAAGCACAUGUCUGUCGACACUGCAGCUGAUUUCAUGUUGCUCCUAUCCCGCUGUGUGCGAGGCUGUGUCAACCAGGAAGAGCAUCAUAACUCCUUGGUGUCAGCAGGCGGGGAUGCCUCUACAGAGGAAGAAGAGGAGGAAGAGAAGGAGGGCCUCUCUCUCAAAGAUACCGAUGUUAUUGACGGGAUGCUGGAGAUUAUUGCUAUACUGUGGACUGGUAUUGCUCAGCAACUAGCGAAACCUGUGAAUCAGACAAUCAUGCAGAAGCUUGUUCACCGAUUCGGUAAAGAUCUACCCAGAUUUAUCGCUACUUUCAAGGAUGGGAGAUCUCUGUCUGCUGUUCUGAUACUUGUUUCCUUUCUUCCUGCAUCAUCAAUUCCAGCUUUUAGCCAUAGUUGUUUGUCUAAGUUGAAGAGCAUGGACCCCUUGGCUUCCUCUGAUGCCUACAGUCCUCUCAUUCAAUGCCUGGUAUCAUGGGGGAAGGGUAAUGAUGUCAUCAGGCUCAUCUCUGAUUGGCUAGAGGCAGCCAUCAAUCAAACUGAUAAGGAUAGGGAAUCUGAAGAGGAGGAGGAGGAGUCUGAAGAUCAGAUGUCGGGUAAGCUGAAGAAGAAGAAGGUGACGUUCAACGAACCCCUUAAACCUCAACCUAGAUUGGCCCUGGCUUACCUAGACUGGUUGCUAUCUAACUACUCAUGCCGUACUCUACUGCUGGAUACAUCGGGGAAACCACUCAAAGAAAUGGCUACCAUUCUCAAGUGUAUCCUCCCCUUGAUUGAGAAGCGACUGAUGAACCCUGGACCCCUGAAUGACCUGAUGUCAGAUGAGAUGCUCGUUAGCAUCAUUGAAGGAUACUGCAGGAUUAGUAUUCAUCUACAAUCACUUGAGAACUCUGAGCCCAGUAGUCCCACAGCCAGUGAAUCAAGUCAUGUUAGUGCUCAGUUUGAUGAGUUGCUUGCCUGGUGCGACAGGGAGCUGCUGUCUGCCCUGCCCCAGAGCUCAGGGGAAGAGUGCAGUGCAAAAGCUGAUGAAGGGGUCAGAAAACUAGCCAAGGACUGCCUCAUGGUUGUACUGCGGUUUGCUUGUGACGUGGUAACUCUUGGACUGGGAUCGGAUUCAUUCUGCUCUCAUCUUGCUGAUUUCUGCCAUCUUGUUCUCAAAACAGAGGAUAAUGUGGAGUUUGUCCCUCUAGUGGCCAAAGUUAUGUGCCACCUUGGACGCGGAGGAUCAGUCGUUGAUACCAAGCAGCAGGACCUGGUAGCAGACCUCUUUACCAAGUUUAUCAAAGCUGUAGGUACGACGGUCAGUCAGGAAGAAAAGGAUACCACUCAAAUACAACAGACAUUAUCCAGCAUCAAGCCAGCCGUAUCCGACAUCCUCAGAAACAGCAGCAAAUCCAACGUUCGUUUCCAUGACGAUGUCCUGGCAUCCAGCAUGGCUGCCUGUGUUGGGGAGAUGACGAACACGGUAGCCAAGUCAGAAGGAACAUUGGAUGCGGCUCAGUCAUCGGGAGAUCUGCCUUUCGUAUCGGGGUUCUUGGUUGGUGUGGUGUCCAGUAACAAGGAGCUGCUCAGGUCGUUCGUGUAUGAGCUUGAGCGAUGUGUAUCAGUGGGUGCCUUACAGACCUACCCAGCCCUCCUAGCAGCCUUACACAUCCUACAUCCAUUGAGUCAAGAUAAGAGAAGAGGAGGAGGAGGUCGAGGGUGUGGCAUCAAAGAAUGUCUCACAGCUGUGAAACUACAGAUGGAUAAACUCCAACCUUCUGAAGAUGCGAGCAAGGACCAAGAUGAAGAUGAUGAUGAUGGACCCAACGAUCAUAACAGGUUUAUGUUUGACCAGAUGCAGUCCCUUGAGAAGCAGAUAUCAGAGGCUAUUGGGGCGGUUGCCUAGGUUACCAAUCACUUUACACGGUGUGGUAUUCAGCAUCUCACAAGAAGAUUGAUAAUCACCAUGAAGGAAGCGCAUCUAUAGUGUCGGAGCCACAAGUGACAGAAAUGGGAUUUGAACCAGCCUAGUUUAAAAACAGCUGGGUCAUUCAGUGGAGACGGGAUGAAUCGCCUCUUAUCUUGUUUUGGAUGCUAGCAUCUCAAACUAGCAGGAAUAUUAACCCAUUUGUAAAUGUGCCCUAAAAAGUACAUUUAAAACAGUAUCAAUAUUAAGCAGUAUUUUUUCACCCAUGUUCUUGGUUAGAAUAGAGAGUGAGAGAUGAUAUUCUGUUUACUUAUAUAGUUAUUGCAAACUUGGCAUUAAGAUCUCAAACAGAGCUAUCAAGACACUAUUGUUGAUGUUUUAUCAGAGUACCAAUAGAUAUUUUCAGGUUACAUAAUGUGGGAAAGCAACAAUUGCAAAUAUAAACUUUGAAUAACUGUUUAAUUUCAUCGAUUAUAAUUAAGAAAGAAAUAUAUGAAAUAUUGAAUUAUAUAUUACAUGUUUUUGACAGGAUUAUUAAAUAUAAAUGAUUACCAUUGCAACCCC